AUGGCGUCCACUAAAACUAAGAUGAUAGUGCUGAAGGCUUCCGACGGGGAGACGUUCGAGGUUGAGGAGGAGGUCGCGCUUGAGUCGCGGACGAUCAAGCACAUGAUCGAGGACGACUGCGCCGGCAGCGUCAUCCCGCUCCCCAACGUCUCGUCGGGGGUGCUGGCGAAGGUGAUCGAGUACUGCAGGCGCCACGUGGCCGGGGACGCCGACGGCACGCUCAAGGAUUACAAAGCCGAGUUCGUGAAGGCCGACUAUGAGCAGCUGUUUCAACUGAUCCUGGCUGCCAACUACUUGAACAUCCCGGGGAUGCUCGAUAUAACGUGCCAAGCUGUGGCCAACAUGAUCAAGGACAAGAGCCCCGAGGAAGUUCGCUCGAUUUUCAACAUAACUAACGAUUUGACCCCCGAAGAAGAAGAGGAAAUUCGCAACGACUCGUUUUUAGAACAGAAUGUAUCAUCUUCUCGACUGAAAGCGCCCGGAGAAAGGCUUCAGAGAAUUGACGAAGUCGAGGAGAACAAUGGCCAGUGGUAUCGAGUCAUUGAUAUCUCAUUCGAUAAUUGGGGGCUAGAUGAUAGGGCACAUGGAAGUGGCACGGUAAACCGGCCUAAUAGGGCUCGGUCUUAUAGGGCUCGGCAUUUUAAUGGCCCAAAGGAGGAGACGCUUCUCGGGGGCGCGGCAUUUUUAGCAGCCCGGAUGAGAGGACGCUUUUCGGGGGCUCAGCAUUUUAAUGGCCCAAAGAAGGAGACGCUUCCCGGGAGCGCGACAUUUUUAGUAGCCCGGAUGAGAGGGCGCUUCUCGGGGGCUCGGCAUUUUAAUGGCCCAAAGAAGGAGACGCUUCUCGGGGGCGCGGCAUUUUUAGAAGCCCGGAUAAGAGGAUGCUUAUCGGGGGCGCGGCAUUUUAAUGGCCCAAAGGAGGGGACGCUUCUUGGGAGCGAUUGGCAAGCCGCAUGA